UGGGUGAAUCGAACUAGGUUCAAUAUGGCGGAUGCGAAAUCAGGAAAAUCGUAAACACAGCAUUUCAUUUCGGAAGUAUAAAGCUACCUUUAUACUACACAACAGCAAUAUGUCAUAAAAUUUUAAGCAUAAUUUUUAUGUGCUAAAAUAUAGCUAGCUAGCUACAUCAAAAUGCGUGAAACACAGACGAAACAUAUGUUCUUAAAAAGAGCACUGGAAAAGAUACUUUCCGAUAAGGAGCUCAAAAAAUCACAUCAUUCGCAGCUUAAGAAGGCAUGUGAAGUUGCUCUAGAUGAAAUUGACAAAGUUUCUCAGGACAAUGAAACAAGUAGUGCAGAAAAUGAUGAAUCACAUUUUAUUGCUGCUGACAAAUAUUUCUUGCCAUUUGAACUGGCAUGUCAAUCAAAAAGUCCAAGAAUUGUUUGCAGUGCAUUGGAUUGCCUACAGAAAAUGAUAGCAUAUGGGCAUAUAGUGGGUAAUGCUCCUGAUGGUGGUCAGCCGGGGAAGCGACUUAUUGACAGAAUUACAGAAACAAUUUGUGGUUGUUUUAAUGGAGUAUUGACUGAUGAAGGUGUUCAAUUGCAGAUAAUCAAGGCACUACUUACUGCUGUUACAUCGUCAACAUGUGAAGUCCAUGAGGGAACACUUCUUCAGUCUGUUCGAACGUGUUAUAAUAUUUAUCUUGCAAGUAGGAAUUUAAUUAAUCAAACGACAGCAAAAGCUACCUUAACCCAAAUGAUUAGCGUCAUUUUUCAACGAAUGGAAGCGCUUGGGAGUGUUGGGGACCAGCAUUUAGUUGUAUCAGAACCUUCUGGAAACGAUGAGACUGAAAAACAAGAAGAACAGCCCCACGAUGAGAGUAAUGUAGAAGAAACUAAAAGGGUCCAAUCUAAAGAUAAAGUAGAAAACACUGAACCAGCUGCCAUGGCCACAGAUAUUGAUUCAGGAAUUGGAAUGAAAGGCACGGUGAUUGACACUAAAGAAGAAACUGACUCCACAGAGAAAAGUGAGGAUUCAAAUGAUAAAACUGAGAAUCAAGAUGGUCAGAAUGAGGCUGUUGUUCAAGUCAAUGAAACUGAAGAUUCUUCCUAUUCAGAAACACCAAAAAGCCCAAGAUCUUUAAAGGAAUUGAGUAGUGAUGCUGUGGAAGCUCAAUCACCCAAAGAUGAAUCCUUUGGUGGUUUUGCAUCAUUUGAAACAGCAUUUGAAAAUCAAGCAUCAUCUGGAAAUGCAGAAAAUGUUGAGAAAACACCAGAUGAUAAUGAAUCAAUUGAUAAAGUUGAUGAGGAAGAAACCUUAAGUGUGGAUGAAAAAACAUCAAGCGAUCUUCCCAAAGAUUCCCACACUGCAAAUACAUCAGAUACUAGUUCAGCUCCUUCAACGCCGAAUGAUCUUCCCAAAGAAUCUCACACUAAAACUACAUCAGAUACAGGUUCUGUACUUUCAACACCAAAACCAGAUUUAGAUGACACUAGAACAGUAACAUCAGAAGAUAGUAUUGAAGCUGGUCAACCAGCCAAAAAUGCUGUUUUGUUCCCUCAUAUAUUGCAAAAAGAUGCUUUUCUUGUGUUUCGUUCGUUAUGUAAACUCUCUAUGAAGCAAUUACCAGAUGCACCUUUGGAUCCAAAAUCUCAUGAAUUGCGUUCAAAGAUUCUAUCUCUGCAACUUUUGUUAGCAUGUCUUCAAAAUGCUGGUCAGGUUUUUAAGACCAACGAAAUGUUCAUAAGUGCUAUCAAACAAUACUUAUGUGUUGCGUUAUCCAAGAAUGGUGUUUCAUCUAUACCACAAGUAUUUGAAAUCUCACUCUCACUCUUUCUCACUUUAUUAUCCGAUUUCAAAACGCACUUGAAGAUGCAGAUUGAGGUGUUCUUUCGUGAGAUAUUUUUAAACAUUCUUGAAACUUCAUCAAGUUCAUUUCAGCAUAAGUGGAUGGUCAUGCAAGCUCUGACAAAGAUUUGUGCUGAUGCGCAAACAGUUGUUGAUGUGUAUGUCAAUUACGACUGUGACCUUCAUUCCGCUAAUAUAUUUGAACGACUUGUUUAUGACCUGUCCAAAAUAGCACAAGGAAGACAUGCCAUGGAACUUGGUGCCACUCCCGUUCAAGAGAAAAAGAUUAGAGUUAUUGGAAUUGAAUGCUUAGUUUCAAUUCUAAAAUGUAUGGUACAAUGGAGUAAAGACUUAUAUAUGAAUCCAUACAAUCAAGUUGCAGGAAAUUCCUCCGAACCAGGGAGUGGAACGCCUGAUCAAAAACAACAUCAAGUGUUGCCACCCGAAGACAGUGAAAUGAAAUCAUUUGGUGGCAGUCAGCAUUCCCUAAACUCGAAUAAUGCGUCAAGCAAUACAUUAAGCUCUUCCGUGCCUAUUGAUGAUCCAGAACAUAUAACUGUUCAAAAACAAAGAAAAGAGUUAGUAGAAGAAGGCAUCAAAAGAUUCAACAAAAGUCCACUAAAAGGUGUGAAAUAUCUUCAAGAGCAAGGCUUGCUGGAAGAAAGCCCUGCGGCUGUUGCUCAAUUUGUCAUGAAUGACGACCGCUUAGAUAAAACGCAGGUUGGUGAACUGCUGGGUGAAUAUUCAGAAUAUGGGAAAGAAAUCAUGUAUGCAUAUGUUGAUUUGAUCGAUUUUGAAGGAGUAGACUUCGUUUCAUCGUUAAGAAUGUUUUUGGAAAACUUUCGGCUGCCAGGAGAAGCACAAAAGAUCGAUAGAUUAAUGGAAAAGUUUGCCAGCAGAUAUUGUGAAUGUAAUGCAAGUGAAGAGGUGUUUACCAGUGCAGAUGCUGCUUAUGUUCUUGCUUACUCAAUCAUCAUGCUUGCUACAGACUUACAUAGCUCACAAGUCAAACGCAAAAUGACCUUAGAUCAGUACAUCACAAUGAACCGUGGUAUUAAUGACGGAAAAGAUUUACCAAAAGAAUACUUAGUAGCGAUAUACGAAGACAUUCAGCAAAAUGAAAUACAGCUAAAGCAUCCCCAAAAAGCCUCCAAUCAAAGACCAAGUACUUUAUAUCUAAUGACAGAGAAACAACGGCGGAUGUUAUAUUUGCAAGAAAUGGAAGCUAUGGCGCAAACAGCGAAAAGCAUGAUGGAAGAUAUCUCACAUGUUCAAACAGCAUUCAUUCAAGCAACACACAUGCAACACAUUAAUCCCAUGUUUAAAAUUUCAUGGACUCCUGUGUUAGCAGCAUUUAGUAUUGGUCUCCAAGACAACGAAGACGUCAAUCUUAUUACUUUGUGUUUAGAUGGAAUGCGUUGUGCGAUAAGAGUCGCAUGUAUAUUUCAAUUACAAUUAGAACGUGAUGCAUAUAUCCAAGCGUUGUGUCAAUUUAGUAUGCUCAUGGCUAAUGCUGUUAUUACAGAAAUGAAAGCCAAAAACAUAGACACAAUAAAAACACUUAUCACGGUAGCAUAUACAGAUGGUAAUUAUUUAGCACGCUCAUGGCUUGAAGUACUUCAGUGUAUAUCUCAUUUGGAACUUCUCCAGUUAAUCGGUACCGGCAUUAAACCACGGUACGUGAGCGGGAGUGGCAACACACCAGUCGUCAAUGUUGGUGGCCUUGUCAGUAAUGCUCAAAAUAACCACCAAUCCAAUGGCAUGAUUGAUCCGAAAAAGUUUUCGAGUAUACAAGAAUCGAUGGGGGAGACGUCAUCUCAGAGUGUUGUUGUUGCUGUGGAUAGAAUAUUUACGAGUUCUGUACGUUUAGACGGUGACGCUAUUGUUGACUUCGUGACAGCACUUGUAGCUGUGUCAAUGGAUGAGUUGUCUAACCAAGCUCAACCAAGAAUGUAUAGUUUACAGAAAAUUGUGGAGAUUUCAUACUACAACAUGGGGCGUAUUAGAUUGCAAUGGUCUCGGAUAUGGGCAGUACUUGGUGAUUAUUUUAAUAAGGUUGGUUGCAGUCAAAUUGAGGAGAUUUCAUUUUUCUGUGUUGAUUCGCUGAGACAGCUUUCAAUGAAGUUUCUUGAAAAAGGAGAGUUGUCGAAUUUUCACUUUCAAAAAGACUUUUUGCGACCGUUCGAAUAUAUCAUGAAAAAAAGCAAUUCUUCCACCAUACGAGAUAUGGUUGUUCGUUGUCUUGCUCAAAUGGUGAAUUCACAAGCCAAAAACAUCAAGUCUGGUUGGAAGAAUGUCUUUUCUGUAUUCCAUUUGGCUGCAUCUGAUUUAGAUGAAGGGAUUGUCGAGUUGGCUUUUCAAACAACAGCAAUCAUAUUUGAGAAGCAUUUCUCUGCUACUGUCGAUUCAUUUCAAGACGCUGUGAAAUGUUUAUCAGAAUUCGCUUGUAAUGCAGCGUUUCCAGACACCAGUAUGGAAGCCAUUCGAUUGAUUCGUCAUUGUGCAAAACAUGUUUACGAGAAUCCAAACAUGUUUCGAGAACAUUUUUCCGAGGAAGCUGGAAUCUCAGAAACUGAUAGAAUCUGGGUACGAGGUUGGUUUCCAGUCAUUUUUGAGCUAUCGUGUAUAAUUAACCGUUGCAAAUUGGACGUAAGGACGCGAGCUCUUACAGUGAUGUUUGAGAUAUUAAAGAGUUAUGGUCAUACCUACAGUGCGAAUUGGUGGAAGGAAGUAUUUCGAGUUGUUUUUCGAAUUUUCGGCAGUAUGAAGCUACCUGAUCAACAAAUUGAAUGGAUGGAGAAAGCGGAAUGGAUGACAACGACGUGCAACCAUGCCUUGUACGCCAUCAUAGAUGUUUUUUCGCAGUAUUUUGGAGAGCUUGCUGAUAUUUUGUUAGAAGAUAUGUAUUCGCAUCUGGUAUGGUGUGUACAGCAAGAUAACGAGCAGCUUGCUAGAUCGGGCGUCAACUGUUUGGAAAACUUGGUCAUUUCUAACGGCCAGAAAUUUACACCAGAAAUUUGGACAAGCACUUGUAACUGUAUACGAAACAUAUUCGAAUCAUCCAUUCCUCACAAUUUGUUGUUAUGGAAACCUGAUGCCUAUAAUGCAGAACACGCAACACAUUCACUUAGAACGUCACCUCCGCUGUCUCCAAAUACUACACCGUAUAGGUUCCCAGGGAGUGCUGGUAUAGAUGGUUCGGCAGAAGCAGACGGUUCUAAUUCAAAUAUUGAACGUUACAAUGAUGACGUCAACGAAGGCGAUGACAUCAGUUUACACAAUUUCCCACAAUACCCUGCACCUAUAUCUAGAUUUGACUCGAAGGAAAGUUUACACUCGAUCACUCGACAAAAAAUAUCUCCUGAAAAAACAAUGUUCAACUCCAUCUUGAUUAAAUGCGUGGUGCAGCUGGAACUGAUUCAAACUAUCGACAACAUAAUUUUCUUUCCUGCUACCAGCAAGAAAGAAGACGCUGACAAUAUGGCAGCUGCACAGAAUAAUUUUGAUUUUAUUGAAUUUGAAUCUAACAACCAGUCUUCAGAAGCGGACACAUUGGAUGUGGGUAUGUUUGGCCUUCUCAACGCGGAGCAGUUAUUCAUCUUCUCGAAAUGUUUACACGAAUCCCAUACUUUCGCGCGAAAUUUUAACUGUAAUUUCGAACAAAGGACAGUUUUAUGGAAAGCAGGUUUUACCAAGGGAAGGUCGAGACCUAACUUGCUGAAACAAGAGACAACUAGCUUGGCGUGUUUGAUUCGUAUACUUUUCCGUAUGUACUCAGAAACUCAUCGCUCAGAUGCUUGGAACGGAGUUGAAGAUCGCUUAAAAAGUGUGACCAAUGAAGCCUUUCAUUAUUUUUCUACCUUGGAUUCACAAAGUCACCGAGAUGCGUGGACGUCUGUACUAGUAUUAAUUCUUACGAAAAUGUUGAAGUUGGACAACGAAAGGUUUCAACGUCAUGUACCGUCGUUCUAUUCCAGUUUAUGCGAUCUCGUAACAUUCGAAUUGAAACCAGAACUAAGAUCAGUAAUUCGAAAAAUAUUUUUAAGAAUUGGACCUGUAUAUGGAAUAGUUGAUCAAUCGAGCGUAAUUGAUCAAUCUAACGUUGAUACAAUAAAAUCGAAUGGUACCACUACCUAAUAAAAAUCAUACAGAAUAUUUACUAUAGUUAAUUGGAUCUUCAAUAGGAGGAAGAAUUGUGGUUCACCGGUACGCUACAGCACACGAAUUUGUGAUUAAAGACAGGAAAACGAGCGUGUGAAUUUUUUUCUAUGUUUGAAGUAAGAAUUAAUUGGUCAACCCACUCGGUGCAAAAUUAUUGCAACAUUCAACAAUCGUUUUACAGUUUUCUCUUAGCCUUUUAUGUUUGAUGACACAGGCUCAUAUUGAGAAAAUAAGAAAUAUAUGUGUCUGUGUGUCUGCUAUGAGGAUUUAGUAUUUGAUUGGCUGUUCCUGUGGCUUUUGAAUACCUUAAGUUUCUGAAUUUGCGCGAAUUUUAUUCAUAUUCGCGAAAAUUUGUCUCCGUGAAAUGUAUUCUCUGGACCUCGCGAAAAUAAAUCUCCGCGAAAAUCAACCAGCUUAAGGUAGUAUGUCAUUUAAAUAAUAAUUCAUUUUUAUAUAUUAUUUUUUAGUAAUUCUUUCAUUGUUGAUGUUCAAUAAUUUUGACUUUACCAGUGAUUGUGUAUUAUAUUAUUUGGGAUAAUUAUGAAUUUUUUUUAAGCGUCUGCCUCACUUUUA